AUGGGUGAUUCAAACCUGGUGGUCUGCCAGGCCAAAGGGAUCUUCUCCCUAAAGGAACCCAGUCUAGCCCCGUACAGAGCAAUGACCCAGAAGAUGGAGGAGAAGUUUUCAACCUUCGAAAUAGAUCAUGCUCCAAGGAACGAAAACCAAUUUGCAGAUGCGUUGGCCUCACUAGGCUCACAAAUAAUGUUUGAAGGGGAUAACACCAGGGUAGAGGUCAGCAAGAGGGAAGAAUCCAUUAUUGAGGUAUUGAAGGAAAGGUUCCUAGAGGAACGAUGUGAAGGGGAUUGGCGGAUCACCAUAAGGGAAGCCUUGAUGAAAGGAGAAGGUGCUGCAGAACUGAAGGUACUAAAAGACUACGCCCUGGUGAGAGGAGAACUUUACCGUAGGAUGCCCGAUGGGGUUUUGUCCAGAUGCGUAGGGCAGGAGGAGGCCCAGAGAAAGUUGAAAGAAGUACAUGACAAGACUUGCGGAUCCUACGGGGAGGUCAACUUUUACCGCAGACUUCAAAGGACAGGCUUCUAUUGGCCAAGCAUGGGACCAGUUAAUCCACCAUCGUGUGGAUACAUAUGGAUACUAGUGGUUACGGAAUACUUCACUAAAUGGGCAGAGGCAGUGCCAUUCCAAAAAGCCACGGGAGGAGUAGUGGCAAACUUCAUCAAGGAGAAUAUAAUUGUUAGGUUUGGAGUACCCCACAGGAUUAUCAGCGACAAUGGCACACCCUUUGUCAACAGUGAUGUAAGGAAGAUGCUGGAAUUCUACCAAGUCAAGCACCAUCGUUUAUCGCCUUAUUACCCUCAAGGAAAUGGGCAAGCAGAGGCAACAAACAAGGUUCUCAUAAAGAUCAUCAGUAAAAUGAGCCAAGAGUAUAUAGGAGGAUGGGCAAUGCACUUGCCAGACGCCUUUUGGGCUUACAAAAAAUCACCAAAGUCUGCCACAGGAUUUUCACCCUUUUCCUUGGUAUACGGGACAGAGAUAGUGAGCCCAGCAGAAGUGAUGACUCCAUCUUUGAGAGUUAUGCAGAUACAAGGGAAUGAAAAAGAGGAAGAAGCCUUUAUGGAAGAAAGGUGUGAAGAUCUGAAAGGAUUUAAUGAAAGAAGGGAGGAAGCCCAAGAGCGUAGCCGCAGAUACAUACAAAGGAUGACAGAAGCCUAUGGCAGGAUUACUAAAGAGAGGGUGUUUGCGGAAGGACAACUUGUGCUAAAAGUGGCGGACUAUGUCAGGUGA